AUGGCUCUCUACUCUCGGUUUGUGCUCGUGCUGCUUUACGGAUGGAGUUAUGUGUGCGUUGGAUAUUGCGCGAUGCUGAAAACGGACAGUUUCCCCGAUCGACGGAAGGUGGAUUUUACGCAUUCGGUGGAUAAAAAGCAGCCUGUUAAAGAGGACCAGGACCUGCUCUCACAGGAUACAAUGACGGAACACAUGCAGAUGCUUUACGCCAAGUACAACCGAGCUGGAUUUCCCUUCAAGGAUGGAAACACCGUGAGGAGCUUCAAAGCGCACUGGGGAAUGAUAAACAGGAAGCAGCUGCAGAUCUUUAACCUGACGUCCCUCACCAAGUCUGAGGACGUCCUGUCAGCAACCCUCCAUUACUACAUCGGAGACCUCCAGAAUCUGACACUGGGCCGCCACGGCCCCCGCAGGCACAGCCACAUCCACAUGGUCAUCUGGAGCUUCGCCUCUGUGGACAACAGGACCAAAACUCUGGGACAUGUUCGGAUCAACGUGUCCACACUGUACAGGGACUUCAUCUCAUGGCAGUGGAAGGAUGUGACUCGUGUAGUGAACCAGGCCAAAAACCAUGACCAGCUCCUCAUCGGGAUCGACGUGGUUUCACAGGGACCUCGGCCGUGGAGGAAGCUGCUGUCGGACCGCUCUCCAUACAUCCUGGUGUACGCCAACGACUCGGCCAUCUCUGAGCCGGAGACCGUUGUCGCCACCCUGCAGAGACAUCACCUGGUGGGCGGGGAGCGCCUCCACAAACCGGGGUCCCGACAGAGAAACACCAGCGACCACGAGCUAAAACCUCGACCCAAACGCUCGGUGAAUGUUCUGCUCCCACUGCAGAACAACGAGCUCCCGGGGCCCGAGUAUCCAUACGAGACCACCGGCUGGGACGAGACGAGUCCGUACGAGCCAUUAGAGAACAAGCAGGCCCGCCGACCCCGCAAAAAGACACGAGGCAAGAAUCAACGGCACAAGAUGCCUCUGCUGCAAUUUGAUGAGCAGACAAUUAAAAAGGCCCGCAAGAAGCAGUGGAACGAGCCGAGGAACUGCGCCCGCCGGUACCUGAAGGUGGACUUCGCUGAUAUCGGAUGGAGUGAAUGGAUUAUAUCACCAAAGUCCUUUGAUGCCUACUACUGCUCAGGAUCCUGCCAGUUCCCCAUGCCAAAGGCUGUGAAGCCGUCGAACCACGCCACCAUCCAGAGCAUAGUACGGGCGGUGGGCGUGGUCCCGGGUAUCCCUGAGCCGUGCUGCGUCCCAGAGAAGAUGUCGUCCCUCAGCAUCCUCUUCUUCGAUGAGGACAAGAACGUGGUGCUGAAGGUGUACCCAAACAUGACGGUGGACUCCUGCGCAUGCCGAUAG